CUCUCUCUCUCUCUCUCUCUCUCUCCAAUCACCCUUCUCCAAAUACUCUCUCUCUCUCUCACACAUAUUCAUUCAUUCACUUUAAUUCAAACUUCAUACUGUUUCUCUCACUUUCUUCAAGGCUUCUUGUUGGCAUUGUUGCUACACUCCCUCCCAAGCAAGUUGAAGAUUCGUUACAAAAAUCAUUAACUUCUAAAUGCCAAGAGCAAGGUCAGAAAUGGCUCCCAGGGUAUCAACCAGAGGCCCGGCUCCUCUCCGAACAUCGAGUUCGGACUCCGAUCCAUUAAACCACCGGAGCCCCAAACUCAGCGAUAGGCGGUCACCAAGAAGCGCUGGUUCAGACCCUCUGAACCAGAAGAAACUCGGGACCCGAAUCGCCGGGUUGGAGACUCAACUCGAACAAGCUCAAGGUGAGCUCAAGAUUCUUAAAGAUCAGUUAGCCUCAGCUGAAGCUGCAAAGAAAGAAGCCCAAAAGGAACUAGAGAAAAGAAGUAGAACCACUAAACCACCCGUUUCAGAACCGGGUCCGGGUCCGGAUCCGGUUCAAGAUACCCGGUUUUCACCGAGUGAGAACCAGGAUUUGAACAAUGAGAUAAGUGAAGAAACUGAUGUUUUUGAAGUUCCAAUUGAAAUGGUGAGUGUGGAAAAAGGUGAUCAGGAUGAGGUCAAAGUCAAAGUCAACGAUUCACCCGAGUUACCGGAAAAGACUCGUGUGGAAGAGGUGAUUGGUGUGAAGAAUGAAGAAAUUAGUGUUUUGAAAAUGAAGAUGGAAGAGAAAGAUAAAAGGUUGGAAGCUUUUAGUCAAGAAAAUGAGAAUCUAAAAAGUCAACUGAGCGAAGCUAUGGUCAAAGAUGAGAAGUUGAACUUGAGGUUGACCCAAAUUGAACAAGAGUUCAAAAAGAGUCAAAAUGAUGGGAUUCAAUUGAAGGAGAAACUGAAGGAAGUUGAAGGGGCAAAAGAGGUGUUAGAAACCGAAAUGAAGAGGUUGAGAGUGCAAACGGAGCAAUGGCGGAAGGCUGCAGAUGCUGCCGCGGCAAUAUUAUCCGGUGGGGCGGAUAUGAACGAUGGGCGGAGGGUGUCGGAGCGGUGUGGUUCAAUGGAGAAGCAUUACGGUGGUGUUUUUGAUGGGUAUGUGGGUUCACCAGGGUUGGGAGAUGAGUUGGAUGAUGGGUUGAAGAGGAAGGGGUCUGGGAUUAGGAUGUUUGGUGAUUUGUGGAAAAAGAAGGGACAAAAAUAGGGUGUUUGUGUUUGUGUUUGUGUUAAUGUUUUUGGACUGGUGGAUUUGUUCUAAAAAUCUAUGUUUUUUUUUCCUGUUGGAGUUCGGAUGUUAUGUGUUGAUGUAGAUUGAUGAUCAUCAUGAUGUUUCAAUGAUCUAGUUAACUAUGUUUUUGUUGGAUCUA